CAUGUAACAAUUCAUAGUGUGGACAGCAGUACAUGCAUGAGCUCCUGGGCCAGUGCAGGGGCAUGUAUCCUGUUCAGGAAAAUUGGCUUAAAUCUGUCUGCGCACAUGCACUUUCUCAGUUUGCUGCUCUGGGAUCAGCUGGCCUGAGAUGUAGUUUCAAAAGAUCAGCAGAUACCGUACUGGAGUCUGUACAGAUCCUGUUUAUUUUACCUGAUUUGGACAAGAAUGUGCUCGGCUGCAAGGUCUCCUAUGUGUGACGUUUGUGCAGAUUUACAGUCAGAAAAAUCCACUUCAAAUGAUUGGAACACUGAAAAUCAAUCUUAUGAUGAAAAAUUUCAUGUUAGUCUCUGCCAUAUUUUCUGGUAUGCCAAUCUCACUUGCCACACAUACUCGUAUGUCAGUGGUGACCCAAAUGUAGUAUUUGAUGACCUGUGGCCUACAGCUUCAAAGAUUUCAGAACUAUUGGACUGUUUGUGUGAUGGUGAGAGUUCCGACCUUAUGUUGAAAUACUGCAGGUUUGCUGUGCGAUUUGGGCCAGUAAAGCUACUUCAGGCUUUGUUAAAUGACAAGUUGAUUGAUAUAAAUCAUACUUUUGAUGAUGGCAGGAGUCUACUCCACAUUGCUUGUUUGUCAUCAAAUGCCAAGGUGGUUGCAUUUCUCAUUACUCACGGAGCUUCGCUAAAAGCACUUGAUAAUGCAGGUCGGACACCAGAUCAACUGUGUUUCUGUCCCCACACAAGAAAGGAACUCCCUUCACGUUACCAGACAACUCUUCGUAUGCACAAGAAGCAAGAAGCUUCAUUCACAGAAAAAGAGAAAAUAUUUCAACUUUCAGCAGAUUCGGAAUCUUUUGAAGACCUCCAAAUGAUGCUACAUACACUGGAGUUUAAUGUAAAUAGAGACAGGGAUCCUGUUGGGAAUUUGCUACUCCACAGAGCUGUUCAACGAGGAAUGUCCCACUUGACACUUAUCAUGAACCUUGUGCUUGUUCACCAUGCUGAUGUUGAAGCUGUUAACAACAAAGGCAUGACACCUCUGUGCAUUGCAGCACAUUUGGGCUACGGAAUCAUUGCUGAGGCUCUGAUAUGUAUCCUGGGUGCAGAUCCAAAUACAUGUUGUAGUCUCAACCAUUGGACACCCCUUCAUUUUGCAGCCAAGAAAAAUAACACAUCAGUCACUGAGUGGUUAAGUUGGAGUGAUACUUGCAACACACAGCCCUUGAUAGACUCCCUUUUUGCUGGUAUCUCACACCUCAACCCCAGUUAUUGGAGUAACAUUUGUCAAGCUUGAUGUUCUGAUUAUACAGUGUUUGUGUACUCCUCUUUUUCUAAUCGGUUCUUCCCAUUCUAAGUCCAUUAAGAGGUCCACAAUGAGAACCAAGCAGUAUUGCUGUUAUAGAUCUCAGAAAUGUUCCUCCAUUGUCUCUAUUAAUGCCCCUUUGCAGAUGCAUUCUGUAACAGAGUCAACUUUCCAACACGUUGAUAGUGCUGCUAACACAUUUGGCUGGGUGCACAACUAUUUUUCAUUCACAGGCACAGUACAUGCUUUACACAAAGUAACACAUAGACAUGCAGUCGACACCAUCAGUGUAUGACAUGGUACACUCACUGUCGUACGGUCCAAAUGAUUUAUAUCUAUACGUUUGUUGCGGAAAUAUGCUACAUUUAAGUUAGCAAAGGCAUCGAUAUGACUGUACAGAACUGGGGACCUUUUACCCCACCAACAAGUAAGUUUCUCGAGUGACUGAUUUGAGAACUACACUUUACUGUCUUCAAAUGAAGAUUACGUUUACAACCUUGGAAGGACAUGCUUACUCUU